UGAAAAAAAUGGAGGAAAAGAUUAUUGUCGCCGUCUGUGGGCACCCCGAACUUUACGAUACAACUCUUUAUGCUUACCGAAACCGGAGCUAUAAAGAUAAAGCGUGGAACAAGGUCGGAGAAACCGUGGGACUACCUGGUACGUUUUGAAUGAGAUCUGCCGCCGGAGGUGGAAAAGUCUCAAGAGACACGUAUCAAAGAGAGAAGAGAGAGAGAGCAGCGAGAAGCGCAGUGGGAGAGCAGCUCAGUCCACUAAAAAGUGGAAGUACGCUGCGGUCCUGUGGUUCCUCGACCCAUUUAUGACUCCGCCCCCGACGCGUCCGACGCGUCUGGUGUGAACACACUUUUUUCGACGCGCGUCAAGACUGCUGCGUCAGACGCGGCGAGAAUUUUUUCGACGCGUCCGGUGUGAACGCACCAUUAGCUCGGUGUAGCUUCCAGUGUUUCGGAUUCAUCGCGUGCGUAUUCAGACGUUUCCCACAACACCUGAACGCACCACAACUGUGCCCUUUGUCCGUGACUCAUUCAUGAAAAAUACCAAACACUUUGUUUCUGAGAGGCGCACCCACUAACGCUAUGCACAAGGAGAAAGCGAUAUCAGAGGAGGGAAUAGAGUUCGCGUGACAGUCAGCAGCUAACCGGGACCGAAGAGUGUCUCCACCGGAAGCGUCGGUCCGUCUCUAUUCGUCAUUCCGACACUUGUUGGACAUGGGCUUUGUUCUGACCAAGAUGAUGGCGGUGUUCGGUGACAAAGAGCACAAAGUCAUCAUUGUGGGUUUGGACAAUGCUGGAAAGACCACCAUCCUCUAUCAGUUUCUGACAAAGGAAGCCGUGCACACGUCACCAACCAUCGGCAGCAACGUGGAGGAGAUCACCGUACGUAAAACACACUUCUUGGUUUGGGAUAUCGGAGGACAGGAGAGCCUUCGAGCCAGCUGGUACUCCUACUACUGCAACACAGAGAUUGUCAUCCUGGUCGUGGACAGCACCGACCGCGAGCGUCUCACUCUCACCAAGGAGGAACUGCACCAAAUGCUCGCACACGAGGACCUACAGAACGCAGCCGUCCUUAUUUUGGCCAACAAGCAGGACGUGAAGGGCUCGAUGUCGGCGGCGGAGAUCUCCCAGUGCCUCACGCUCGACUCCAUCUCAUCGCACGCCUGGCACGUUCAGGCCUGCUGCGCCCUGACAGGAGAGGGUCUACCUGCCAGUCUGAACUGGAUGAAGUCUCACGUCGUUGCCAACUAGAACACGCGUCGGGCGCAGCGGAUCACACCUCCUCGAACUGAGACGACCACGUUGGGGGGGCGUGUCGGGGUUAUUUACAGUGUUAUUGGGGCGAAGGUCCCGUGGACAUGGCAUCAUGUGAUAGAGCCCGCCUCCCCACGUACAGAAUGUCUUACUCAGCAGUGUGAGGCCUCGCGGUGGACGGACAGCUGAGCAUCAUGGGGGAUCUCAGAGCCGGUUGACUUUUGCACUGUUCAAGAACCGCUCGGUUAUAUUUUAAUAAUCGGGUUUAACUGGAGGCGGUUUCUUUCUCUCCUGUGGUCAUGACGAUGCACACCGGAGUGUUUAGUGUGCAUGUCCUGAAGAACACGUGUAGCCCGGUGCACCAUGUUCCUGAGACAUCCCGCCACACCAAUAGUCUGCCUCUCUACUCUGGUCCCUGUGGGAUUCUUUCUUUUCACUGGGUUAAUCACAUCUUACUUUAUUGGACUGCAAAGUAGUAAUUAAAGUAUCACUUGUUCAUUAGAAUUGCUCGAACUGAAUAAGUUGUACCAAAGAUAUAACAACCUACAUUUGAGUCCCAGGUGAUAUUUGAAAACACUAAAACAUAUAUUUCCCAGGUAAAUGUUGUUUUAUUAGGCUAAUCUGGGGCCCGUUCAUUGCUCCUGUGCCUACACAUUAAGUUUUGAGCAUAACAAUCAUGAUCUCUUACUUUACUGUAACUACUUCUGCAACAACCUAAUUUUAUACCUUUCUCUUUCCAGUGGCAAACUGAGUUCAGUUGCUUGAAAAGCUUUUACUUUUACACAGUAACUGAGACUCCUGUGGCCUCAGAAACUCAGCAAUGUUGGGAUACAAGUGUGCACAUGUUAUAAUAAUACUGUAUGCCAAUGAACGACAAGACACUUCUGUGAGACCUUAACAUGUUUAGUAAUUUAUUUUUGAGAAAACAAAGCUCUAUUAUCUGUAUAUUACAGGAAUUUCCCGAUUAGGAAAAAGAGCUAGCUGCUAAGGACCGAUUCAUAUUUUUAAAAAUAUAUAUUGUAUUGUGUAAUUUAAAAAUAAAGAAAUAUUGUGGUUAUUACAAA